AGGGUAUAUUACGUCGUAUCCCUUCAGGAGGCAAUCUGGAUCGCCCCUCCAAAGCCCACUCCCGAGUGGACUACUGUUCGGGCUAACUCGACUCCAACUGGACCUCUACUGGACCGGACUGGAUGGAUCACCCUUAACCCUCUUUCUCACUCUUGGCAGCCCCUCUCAGCUUCUCCUCUUGUGCUCUUGUGCUUUGCCCACUAUGCAGAUGAUUCUUGCCUAGGCUCCUCCGCCCUUUUUCUUGGUCCCAAAGCCCUCUCCCCUCCCAAGACCCAGGGCCAAAAGAAAGUAGUGCCGACUGCCUCCACCACCGCCAUCAUCGAUCAACCGCCCCCCUCCCCCAAAUCUUAUUCCCUCAUUCCCAAACACCCCCCCCCAAGCCUUCCUCUCUCUCUAACGACUCCGUAAUUCUACAACCUCAUCCGCCCAUCCUUCCCAUGUCUCCACCCAGGUCCUGAGCGCAACUUCACGAUGCCCGUUGUGACUCGGCACUUGCUCAACUUCCUAAUUCCUUUCAUUCACACCCCUGUUUCCAUUGCCGUACACGCUUGCGCGCGACCAUCCAUCUCGACUUGACUUUCACCCGGCUGCUCCGAAAAGCGCGGUAAAACGUUAAUCUCUCUCUUCUCGUCGCCCUGUCUACUCCGACCGACUGCAACGCGACCGAAGCUUGGGAAUAUCUUUCGGACGUGCGCCGGCCCAUCGCGCCGGCCGUUUCCGAUCAGAUCUAACUGCGGUGAAAUUGGGACAAGUCGUGGUUUCGCCCAUUCUAUUCAAGUCAUCACUGCGACCAACGCUGUCGCCCCGAUCCCGCGGCCUGGGCUUCUUCCUCGGCGCCGCCCUACGCUCAGAUCUGCGACGGCGCACUUAUACAUCAAAAUAGCUCGCGGGUUUUCAUUUUGAACAUUCAGUGUUUCCAAGGCGGGUCCUUGUGGAUAAACCGUUCGAAUUGAUAGCACGCGACGGUGCGAUUAUCUGUAUUAUUGGCCUGGGUUUCGUCCUUUUGAAGAGAACGGAAUAUGCAAGGCUACUCGUUUGCGCCUCCCUCGGGCCCUCCCCGGGAUGGCCAGAAAAAUUAUGUAUUCGUCGAUGAACAUAAUCGACACAAAAGGCUGAAAGUGAUGCGGGCGUGUAAUGGGUGCCGGAAGAGAAAGAUCAAGUGCGAUGCGGCCACGACGAAUACCUGGCCGUGCUCGGCAUGCACUCGCUUGAAAUUGGUCUGCGUUCCCCCUACGAUCGGUCAAGAUGGGGAAUUUGUCAAUGAGGGAAUGGAAUCCGCUCAGGAGAUUGGCGGCUCAUCCACCACGUCCGAACCAUCGCAUCAUGCCUUCCCGGUACCUCCGGCCUACAGAGACCCCAAUCAAGCUCCGAUGGUGAAUAUGCCAGCUUACGACGGAAUGGGCAUGUAUUCCCAAUUUGUCCACGCCCCUCCGGCCCAACCCGGAAUGUAUAACGAUUUGCGAUCACCCUCCAUGGUCAUGCCACACCAGUCAUAUCCACAACAACCCCAAGUAUAUCCCGGGGCCCAACCGCCACACUUGGCAACCCCAGAUCGGGGUGUGUUUGCAGAGAAUGAGCAAACGACGGCGGACAGUCUCAGUGAUGUUCUUGGAGAGCUGAAAAUUGACGAGACGGGCAUCGCACCAUAUAUUCGGAGGCAAAGAAAAGAUCGCAUUGAACCGGAUACGCCUGUCCAAGAUGAAGUGGAAGAAAGACUGCCCCCUCUCAGUACGGGAGCCGGCGCAACGAUUCGAAUUCCACCAGAGUUGAUGCCUGACGACGAAGACGUGAUGAACUACUUCAAAAUCUAUUUCGACGAAAUUCACCCCUACGUUCCCGUGAUCCCCCGGGCCCAUCUAUACUACCAAUGGCAAAACGACCGCCGUUCUAUAUCUCCACUCCUCCUCGAAGCCUUGUUUGCAUGCGCGGGGCGGUUAUCUGACGAGCCGUCGGAAGGUGCUCAAUGGCUUGCUAUGGCUAACAGACACGAAUCUAGUUUCAUGGACGUUCCGCGCUUAAGCACCAUUCAAGCAUUGCUUCUUUUGCUCAAAGCAAGAGAGUCAUUGCCUAAGAAGGGCUACUAUUAUCGGUCCUGGCAGACCGUCAAAACCAUUGUAUCGAUGGCCAAGGAUCUAGAUAUUCACGAACAUUAUAGUGGACACGCCGAAGGGCGAUCCUGUGACCUGAGCCCAAUUGAGUGCUUGGUGAGCACUCGGGUUUGGCAGACACUUCUGGUGGUUGAGGUGAUGAUCGGAGCACCCCAAGGCCGUUCUGAUUACGGCGUUGACCCGGACACCGUGGAUAUGCGCCCAACCUUGGAUAUCAGAGGUCUAGAUCACUACGAAACGGAACGAUCCAGACAAUAUGCUUACUUUGUCCGCAAUGCCCACCACAUUCGCAUCAUCACCGACCUUUAUCACAAGAUCAAGAAGCAGAAAGAUUGGGGAGCGGAUCCUCGCUUUGUACAGAAGAACCCGCUCUUUGCUGAGUGGCUUCGUAACCUACCCACGGAUUUGCAGGUGAAUUAUCCAGCGGAUGGAAGCCCUCCAUGGAUUCCAUCUCAUUUUGUGGGAAAUAUGCACUCCCACUGUCACCUGGCCAUCAUCCUGCUCCAUCGUCCUCAGCUUGGGGCGUCUCAAUCCUUUACAGCUGGUGGUGACUGGAGAAUUCAUUUCUCUUUGUGUUACACCUCGGCAAAGAGUAUUUGCCGUUUGCAGGAAGCUAUCCUGGAGCGUUUCGGAUUGUCGGGCCUGCUGUACAUGCAGCGAGGUAUCAAUUUCGCGAUCUAUUGCAUUCUCACUUGCACCAUGCUUCACCUGAUCGCAAUUACUUCCCCCGACCCCGAAUUCAAUUCAGACGCCCGGGAAUACUUUACACGCCACAUGCGCAUCCUAGAAAAAUGCUCCUCGGCCUGGCCUAUGCCAGAGAUCCAGGCUCAAAUUGACUCCCUCAGGCUGGCCUUUUCCGCGGACACUCGUCGCCCCUUCGAGCUGAAACCGAGCUUUCCCUACGGCAGUCCCUCGGAACCAUAUCAGCCUAGCCCUCCCAUGGAUGCCCAUUACCAUCCACACCUAAGCCAAAUGUCAAACAAUGUCCAAUCCAGAUCGGACACGUCCUCCCAGUUACAAUCCCUUGGAAUGGUCCCCCAUCAACCGCCUACCACCCAUCCCCUCGAAGCUCCUCUAGUUGAUGAAAAUACUUGGGAUCCUACGCGCAUUAUCAACCAAUGGGAUAUGGCUUUCUCCGUUAAUCCAUCAAGCGUCAGCACCAACUCUCCUCCCAUGCCUAUGAACAACACCCCCCAGCCCAUGUCAAACAUGGUAAACCAGCAGUAUCCGAUGCAAUUCGACUCGCCGUCCAAGGUGACGGUCCCGCAGAGCCAAUCCGUGUCACCACCGCAGUUCCAGGCACCCCCGGUCGUGUUCAGUGCACGAGAUUGGCAACAAAGUGUGGCCAGCGUGUAUGACCCGCAGGGCUUAAAGCGUCGGUGGAAUUACUCCACUGACCUCGGUGAUAAUAUGAUGAAGCGGCAACGAGGGUGAUUAACGGCUCUGAACUCUCAACAUGUUCGGAUCCCUUGAGAAUUCCCUCGACUCCUUUGCAAGCCUGUGUAUUUAUGUACUACCCCUCGGACCAGAGCCAACCUUGUCUUCAACCCUUUGUUCUCUUACUUGUUCUGAUUCCCCUACCUCCUGUGACACUUAUUUUUCUCGGUUUGUUCGCCUUAUCUUUGGCUUUGUCGCCACAGGACGACCCGUAACGGGCCAUACCAUGGACUAUGACUGGGUUGGGAAACAUCCCCGGCGAACCUUUUCGCUCGGGGAAGACGCGCUGAUUGAUUUGAAUGACGAUUGGAUUUGGGCCCUACUGUACAUCACGAUAAAAAGAUCUAGACGCAUAUGUCGAAGGCAAUAGCAGAUUACUGAGGGCCAUUGAAUCUGUUUUGUGAAGUAAAGCAAUGAAAAGAGCUGCAGUAGCCCCCUCCUACUCCUCAGUGCUCCCACCAACAUAUAUGGAUUACAUCUUCGCAAGGUAUGGCGCAGGGAAGGGAGUAGGUCUCUUUGAGAGAGUAGAAGUAUGACAAUCAAGAUUCUCGAGACAUGUCUUGAUAAGAGUGCCAUGUCCCGCGUGAAGAUCCAUCAACAAAAGGAAUGGAGGUAGCUGCCAGCAAAUGCGACUUUCUGUCGCGUCUUUCGUGGAGGGGAAGGUCGGGUCCGGGUCCGAGUCCUUCGAAGUGAUUUUUUCGGAGGGUUGAUGUGUUCCCUUGGGUAUCUAACAGAGAAGUCCCCGUCGGAUUUGAGAGAGUUGGUAAAUUCAGACAGACUGCGAACUGAAUUCGCGAGGACUGAGUUUCGGCGAGGGUUUGAGAGUGUCGUGUGUCGUGUCGCGAUUCAAGAUACUCGUGAGGUGUGGAGGAUGUUUCAGGCCUGCAAUGCAGUGGAGGAUAUCGUUGACGAGCCAGAUCAACCCCGAUGGCCGAGCCCAAUUCUCUCUUCACGACGAAGGAUCCUAGCCUUGUCUCCAGGGAGGGGUUUUAGCUCAUCGCUUGGGUUGACUGUGGUCUUGGCGCUGCUGCCCUGUGCCUGUUCAGGCUGACUGUUCUCGUUCUGUUUGCGAAGGAGCUCCUCCUCGAAGACAGCGAUGUCCUCAGUGGUGAUGGCAAUGGCGGUUGGCUUUCGGCGGAGCAUUUUGAGGAUCGUCUGAAGGAUGGGGAAGUUUUCGAACGAGUCGGUGCGGAG